CUUCCCACAGGUCCCAUUUGUUCCCUACUACCCAAAACACUCAUCCAUCCACACCUGAGCCUCCAGCCUUGCAUUAAGAUGGAAGAAGCCAACUUACCCUCCUUUUCUAGCUAUGGACUGUGGUGGUGUUUCAAGCAGCUGGGUGAAGAAGAGUUUCAGGCAUUCAAGGACUUACUAAAGGAAAAUGCCUCAGAACUAGCCAUGUGCUCUUUUCCAUGGGUUGAAGUGGAUAAGGCCAGUGUGGAACACUUGGCCUACCUCUUGCAUGAGCAUUGUAGAAUUCCCCUUGUCUGGAAGAUAUCCACGACCAUCUUUGAACAGAUGAACCUGCCUAUGCUCUCUCAGAAGGCAAGGGAUGAAAUGGAAAAAAUGUCACAAGCUAUGGAACAAGAUGGCACCACAGCAGCAGAGACAAAAGAUCAAGGCCAAGAAGGUGACAAGUGGCACUACAAAGGUCAUGUGAUGACAAGAUUCGCCUUGAAGUCAGACACAUGCCGUGAUUUUGAAAGCUUUGCCUCUGACUGUCAGCAAAUGCAAGUGUUGUCAGGUGCUUUUAACCCAGACCAGUGGGGCUUCCGGCCCCAUACUGUGGUUUUACAUGGAGAGUCAGGGCUUGGGAAGUCGGCGCUGGCCAGGAGGGUCCUCCUGCACUGGGCUCGUGGGGAGCUGUACUCCGGCAUGUUCUCCUACGCCUUCUUUCUCCAUGCCAGAGAGAUACAGUCAAGGAGGGAGAGCACUUUCAUGGAGUUAAUUUCUGGGGAGUGGCCAGAAUCCCAGGUUCCCAUGAUGGAGAUCACAGCCCAACCAGAAAGGCUCUUGUUUGUGGUUGAUGGCUUUGAUGACCUGGAUGUUGCCUUCAAGGAUGAUGAUAUGAACCUCUGCGAUGACUGGGCUGAGAAGCAGCCCGUGGCAGUCCUGAUGCACAGUCUGCUGAAGAAGGUGCUGCUCCCCAGGUCCUCUUUGAUAAUCACAGUUAGAGACGUGGGUGUGGAGAAGCUCCAGGCCAUGGUCACGUCUCCCCGCUACCUCUUAGCUGAAGGCAUGUCGGUAGAAGGGAGGGCUCAGCUGUUUCUCAAGCACACAAAGAGUGAGCACCAACAACUACAAGUCUUGCACUCAGUGGCACACAACCAUCCACUCUUUGACAAAUGCCAGGGCUCUGUCAUCUUGUCACUUAUCUGCCAGGCCCUCCAGAUCCAAGAGGCAUCAGGAAAGAGUCUGCCAUGCACCUGCCAAGUCCUCACAGGCUUGUACGUCACCUUUGUGGUCCAUCAGCUCACCCCUCAGGAUGCAUUCGGCCGUUGUCUCAGCCCGGAAGAAAGAGUUGUCUUGAAGGGCUUGUGCCAGAUGGCCACAGAGGGGGUAUGGGGCACAAAGUUUGUGUUCUACAACGACGACCUGGGUGUUCAUGGCCUGACAGACUCGAAGCUCUCCACUCUGUUUCACAUGAACAUCCUUCACCAAGAUGGCCACAAUGACAGCUGCUACACGUUCCUCCAUGUCAGCCUCCAAGAGUUUUGUGCUGCCUUGUACUACAUUCUAGAAGGGUUGGAGAGCGACUGGGACCCCCACCCUCUGCUCACGGAGAAUAUUAGGACUUUAAUGGAGCUCAAACAGAUUGGCAUCAAUGUCCACUUACUGCAGAUGAAGCGUUUCUUGUUUGGCCUGAUGAACAAAGAGGUGACAAGGGCACUGGGUGACCUGCUUGGGUGUCCUGUGCCCCUGGUGGUGAAGCGGGUACUUCUGCACUGGGUCUGUCUGCUGGGCCAGCGGGCCAACACCGCUGCCCCACAAGACUUCCUGGACUCCUUCUACUGUCUUUUCGAGACUCAAGAUGAAGAGUUUGUCCGCUUGGCAUUGAAUGGCUUCCAAGAAGUAUGGCUUUCAGUUAACCGGCGAAUGGACUUGCUCGUGUCUUCCUAUUGUCUCCAGCACUGCCACUGUUUGCGGAGAAUUAGGAUGGAUGUCCAAGAGAUCUUCUCAGAAGAUGAGCCAACUGAGGCAUGGCCUGUGAUUCCACAAGGGAUGCAGUUCAAGGUCCUGGUUGACAACUGGUGGGAAAAUCUUUGCUUCAUGCUCGGCACCCACCCAAGCCUACAAGAGCUGGAUCUAAGUGGCAGCAUUCUGAAUGAAUGGGCCAUGAAGACCUUGUGCAUCAAACUGAGACAGCCAACCUGUAAAAUACAGAACCUGAUAUUUAAAAGGGUACAGAUUACCUUUGGUCUCCAUUAUCUCUGGAACACUAUUGUCACCAACUGUAAUGUUAAAUACCUGAGCUUAGAAGGCACUCACCUGAAAGAUGAAGAUAUAGGGAUAGCAUAUGAAGCACUAAGACACCCUAGAUGUUUGUUGCAGUCUUUGAGGUUGGAUCACUGUGGACUAACUCACACCUGUUGUCUGGCAAUUUCCAAAAUCCUGGUUACAUCCACCUGCCUGAAAUCUCUCAGCCUCGUGGGAAACAAGGUGACAAACCAGGGCAUCACACUUCUCUGUGAUGCCUUGAAAGUCUCACAGUGCACCCUGAAGAAGCUGAUACUUGGGAACUGUGACCUCUCAGCUGCCAGCUGCCAGGAUCUGGCCAUGGCUCUCAUUGGGAACCAGAGCUUGACACACUUGUACCUGUCAACCAACAGCCUGGGGAGUGAAGGCGUGAAUCUGUUGUGUCGAGCCUUAAAACUUUUCAGCUGUGCUCUACAGAGGCUGAUACUAAAUGAAUGCAAUGUAGAUGUCGCUGGCUGUGGCUUUCUUGCUCUUGCACUUACUGGCAACCAACAUCUGACACAUCUGAGCCUCAGCAUGAACCCCUUGGGAGAUAAUGGGAUGAACCUUCUGUGUGAGGUCAUGGCAGAACCAUCUUGUCACCUCCAGGACUUGGAGUUGGUGCAAUGUCACCUCACUGCCGCCUGCUGCAAGAAUGUGUCCUACAUGAUCACAAGAAGCAAACACCUCAGGAGCUUGGAUCUUGCUGCCAACGCCCUGGGUGACAGUGGGAUGGCAGAGCUGUGCGAGGGAUUGAAGCAAAGGAAGAGUUCUCUGAGGAGGCUUGGGUUGGAGGCAUGUGACCUGACGUCUGAUUGUUGUGAGGGCCUCUCCUUGGCUCUCUCCUGCAACCAGUGCCUGAUCAGCUUAAACCUGAUGCGAAACAAUUUCAGUCCAGAAGGAAUGAUGAAGCUGUGUCCGGCCUUUGCUCAUCCCAGGUCUAAUCUACAGAUUGUUGGGCUGUGGAAAUGGCAGUAUCCUGUUCAAAUAAGAAAGCUACUGGAGCACGUGCAGCUAAUCAAGCCGCAUAUUGUAAUUGAUGAUGGUUGGUAUUCUUUGGACGAAGAUGACCGGUAUUGGUGGAAAAACUGAAGAUGAGCAACCCUCCCACCCACAUCCACACUGACAGAAAAACUGUAAAUGCUGUCUUACUGGGGAGAGCUGUGCCCGGGGUUCUUAGAUGGAAAAUGAUCUCUCAUUCUCAC